CAUCGAGGUAGAAAGAGUCGUAGGAGUACGGAGGCUGAACAUCACCUGCUGCUCUUCAGCUGGACAGAGUUCACAGCAUCCCAAGGUUAUAACGAAGACCAUUUUCAUGAUAUCUAUGCAGCUGUAAAUGUAUAAUGGAGAACAUGGACGGGCGUGGUCGGAGCAGAAGCUUCUCUGAAAACUUAGUCCUGGGUGAUUCAGAGAAAGGAGGAGUGGUCAUUGCUGACAUCAAAGAUGGCUCUUUUGCUGAUAGGAGUGGGUUGAAAGAGGGAGACGAAAUUGUUGGUGCCACCAUUCACUUUGACCACCUGAAGAAAAAUGAUGUGGAGAAGUUGUUGAAACUCAUUGAGCCAUUUGAUAACCAAAUGCAAGUUCUGAAAAGAGAAGACCUGAAAACCAGCUUGAGCCUCAGUUCAUUAAAUGCCCAGACCAAAGUUCCUGAAGAUAUGCUCAAGGAUUCAUACAACAAACUCUACAAAAACAAGGUCAAAAAAUUCCUGAAGCCAGAAUCGUCCUUAUCCGGUACAGAUGAAGAUCUGUCUGUUGAGCUCAAUAGCUCUGGUGGACAACUGAAUACCCCAAGGGCUGGACUUAAUUUGGAAGGUACCACUUUAAAUGGGGAGUUGCCCAGCGUGAACCCAAAAACACCAGGGGUAGACCUGAACACUAGCCUCAAGUCCCCUGAUGUCAAACUGUCAGCUCCAGAUCUGCACGCACCAAGGAUCAGUCUGCAGGGAUCAAACCCUGAUGUCCGUCUGCCUGGUGUGACUCUAAACCAACCAGCGUUUGACACCAAUCUCAGUUUACCAAGUGAGAGCAUUAAGGGGCCGCGGUUCACAAUGCCAGCUGUUGGGAUGUCUGGGCCGAAACUGAAAGGAGCUGACCUGGAUGGAACUUUCAGAAACCCCGAACUUAAUAUCCCAGAUCCAAAGCUCAAUGGCCCAGAAGUCAACUUGCACUCUGAGCUGCCACGUGGAAAAAUGGACAUCCAAACUCCAGGUGCUUCUCUUGAUCUUGGGAAGCCCAAUGUCGGUUCAAAUGACCUACAUUUUAACCCUCCAAAAUUCAAAAUGCCCCAAUUUGAUUUGCCUAAUAUCAAACCAAAGACACCAGAUCUGAAUAUGUCUGCUCCUAAUCUGAAGGCAAAUGUGCAAACUCCCCAUAUAGAUGUCAAAGGUCCAAAAGCAGACCUGAAAACUCCAGAUCUUGACACUGAGGCACCCUCUGGAAAAUUCAAAUGGUCUACAUUGAAGGCACCAAAAUUUGGACUUUCUGGACCCAGGGUAAAAGGACCUGAUGUUGAUGCUAGUGCAGAUCUGAAGACACCUGACUUGAGUCUUUCAGCACCUAAGAUUAAAGGUGACCUCAAAGCUCCAGGUGUAGAUCUGAGUUUGCCCAAAGCUGACCUCAGUGGCCCCGAUCUUCAUUUGAAAGCCCCAAAUGCUGACAUAGAUGCCCCAUCAGGAAAGCUCAAAACGCGGACUUUAAAGAUGCCCAAGUUUGGUUUGUCAGGACCAAAGGUGAAAGGACCAGAUAUUGAUGCAGACCUGAAGACACCUGACUUGAGUCUUUCAGCACCUAAGAUUAAAGGUGACCUCAAAGCUCCAGAUGUAGAUCUGAGUUUGCCCAAAGCUGACCUCAGUGGCCCCGAUCUUCAUUUGAAAGCCCCAAAUGCUGACAUAGAUGCCCCAUCAGGAAAGCUCAAAAUGCGGACUUUAAAGAUGCCCAAGUUUGGUUUGUCAGGACCAAAGGUGAAAGGACCAGAUAUUGAUGCGGACCUGAAGACACCUGACUUGAGUCUUUCAGCACCUAAGAUUGAAGGUGGCCUCAAAGCUCCAGAUGUAGAUCUGAGUUUGCCCAAAGCUGACCUCAGUGGCCCCGAUCUUCAUUUGAAAGCCCCAGAUGCUGACAUAGAUGCCCCAUCAGGAAAGCUCAAAAUGCCGAAUUUAAAGAUGCCCAAGUUUGGUUUGUCAGGACCAAAGGUGAAAGGACCAGAUAUUGAUGCGGACCUGAAGACACCUGACUUGAGUCUUUCAGCACCUAAGAUUGAAGGUGGCCUCAAAGCUCCAGAUGUAGAUCUGAGUUUGCCCAAAGCUGACCUCAGUGGCCCCGAUCUUCAUUUGAAAGCCCCAGAUGCUGACAUAGAUGCCCCAUCAGGAAAGCUCAAAAUGCCGAAUUUAAAGAUGCCCAAGUUUGGUUUGUCAGGACCAAAGGUGAAAGGACCAGAUAUUGAUGCGGACCUGAAGACACCUGACUUGAGUCUUUCAGCACCUAAGAUUGAAGGUGGCCUCAAAGCUCCAGAUGUAGAUCUGAGUUUGCCCAAAGCUGACCUCAGUGGCCCCGAUCUUCAUUUGAAAGCCCCAGAUGCUGACAUAGAUGCCCCAUCAGGAAAGCUCAAAAUGCCAAAUUUAAAGAUGCCCAAGUUUGGUUUGUCAGGACCAAAGGUGAAAGGACCAGAUAUUGAUGCGGACCUGAAGACACCUGACUUGAGUCUUUCAGCACCUAAGAUUGAAGGUGGCCUCAAAGCUCCAGAUGUAGAUCUGAGUUUGCCCAAAGCUGACCUCAGUGGCCCCGAUCUUCAUUUGAAAGCCCCAGAUGCUGACAUAGAUGCCCCAUCAGGAAAGCUCAAAAUGCCAAAUUUAAAGAUGCCCAAGUUUGGUUUGUCAGGACCAAAGGUGAAAGGACCAGAUAUUGAUGCGGACCUGAAGACACCUGACUUGAGUCUUUCAGCACCUAAGAUUGAAGGUGGCCUCAAAGCUCCAGAUGUAGAUCUGAGUUUGCCCAAAGCUGACUUCAGUGGCCCCGAUCUUCAUAUGAAAGCCCCAGAUGCUGACAUAGAUUCCCCAUCAGGAAAGUUCAAAAUGCCAACUUUCAAGAAGCCCAGGUUUGGUUUUUCAGGACCAAAGGUGAAAGGACCAGAUAUUGAUGCGGACCUGAAGACACCUGACUUGAAUCUUUCAGCACCUAAGAUUGAAGGUGACCUCAAAGCUCCAGAUGUAGAUCUGAGUUUGCCCAAAGCUGACCUCAGUGGCCCCGAUCUUCAUUUGAAAGCCCCAGAUGCUGACAUAAAUUCCCCAUCAAGAAAGUUCAAAAUGCCGACUUUCAAGAUGCCCAAGUUUGGAAUGUCAGGACCAAAGGUGAAAGGACCAGAUAUUGAUGCGGACCUGAAGACACCUGACUUGAAUCUUUCAGCACCUAAGAUUGAAGGUGACCUCAAAGCUCCAGAUGUAGAUCUGAGUUUGCCCAAAGCUGACCUCAGCGGCCCUGAUCUUAAUUUGAAAGCCCCAGAUGCUAACAUAGAUUCCCCAUCAGGAAAGUUCAAAAUGCCGCAUUUUAAGUUGCCCAAGUUUGGUUCGUCAGGACCAAAGGUGAAAGGACCAGAUAUUGAUGCGGACCUGAAGACACCUGACUUGAGUCUUUCAGCACCUAAGAUUGAAGGUGACCUCAAAGCUCCAGAUGUAGAUCUGAGUUUGCCCAAAGCUGACCUCAGCGGCCCUGAUCUUAAUUUGAAAGCCCCAGAUGCUAACAUAGAUUCCCCAUCAGGAAAGUUCAAAAUGCCGCAUUUUAACUUGCCCAAGUUUGGUUCGUCAGGACCAAAGGUGAAAGGACCAGAUAUUGAUGCGGACCUGAAGACACCUGACUUGAGUCUUUCAGCACCUAAGAUUGAAGGUGGCCUCAAAGCUCCAGAUGUAGAUCUGAGUUUGCCCAAAGCUGACCUCAGCGGCCCUGAUCUUAAUUUGAAAGCCCCAGAUGCUAACAUAGAUUCCCCAUCAGGAAAGUUCAAAAUGCCGCAUUUUAACUUGCCCAAGUUUGGUUUGUCAGGACCAAAGGUGAAAGGACCAGAUAUUGAUGCGGACCUGAAGACACCUGACUUGAGUCUUUCAGCACCUAAGAUUGAAGGUGGCCUCAAAGCUCCAGAUGUAGAUCUGAGUUUGCCCAAAGCUGACCUCAGUGGCCCCGAUCUUCAUAUGAAAGCCCCAGAUGCUAACAUAGAUUCCCCAUCAGGAAAGUUCAAAAUGCCGAAUUUAAAGAUGCCCAAGUUUGGUUUGUCAGGACCAAAGGUGAAAGGACCAGAUGUUGAUAUUGAUGCAGACCUGAAGACAACUGACUUGAAUCUUUCAGCACCUAAAUUUGAAGGUGACCUCAAAGCUCCAGAUGUAGAUCUGAGUUUGCCCAAAGCUGACCUCAGUGGCCCUGAUCUUCAUUUGAAAGCCCCAGAUGCUGACAUAGAUUCCCCAUCAGGAAAGUUCAAAAUGCCGAAUUUAAAGAUGCCCAAAUUUGGUUUGUCAGGACCAAAGGUGAAAGGACCAGAUAUUGAUGCGGACCUGAAGACACCUGACUUGAGUCUUUCAGCACCUAAGAUUGAAGGUGGCCUCAAAGCUCCAGAUGUAGAUCUGAGUUUGCCCAAAGCUGACCUCAGUGGCCCCGAUCUUCAUUUGAAAGCCCCAGAUGCUGACAUAGAUUCCCCAUCAGGAAAGUUAAAAAUGCCGAAUUUAAAGAUGCCCAAGUUUGGUUUGUCAGGACCAAAGGUGAAAGGACCAGAUAUUGAUGCGGACCUGAAGACACCUGACUGGAGUCUUUCAACACCUAAGAUUGAAGGUGGCCUCAAAGCUCCAGAUGUAGAUCUGAGUUUGCCCAAAGCUGACCUCAGUGGCCCCGAUCUUCAUUUGAAAGCCCCAGAUGCUGACAUAGAUUCCCCAUCAGGAAAGUUAAAAAUGCCGAAUUUAAAGAUGCCCAAGUUUGGUUUGUCAGGACCAAAGGUGAAAGGACCAGAUGUUGAUAUUGAUGCAGACCUGAAGACAACUGACUUGAAUCUUUCAGCACCUAAAUUUGAAGGUGACCUCAAAGCUCCAGAUGUAGAUCUGAGUUUGCCCAAAGCUGACCUCAGUGGCCCUGAUCUUCAUUUGAAAGCCCCAGAUGCUGACAUAGAUUCCCCAUCAGGAAAGUUCAAAAUGCCGAAUUUAAAGAUGCCCAAAUUUGGUUUGUCAGGACCAAAGGUAAAAGGACCAGAUAUUGAUGCAGAUCUGAAGACACAUGACCUGAGUCUUUCAACUCCAAAAAUUGAAGGAAACCUGAAAGCUCCAAACGUGGACCUACAUUUACCCAAAGCUGACCUCAAAGGUCCUGACCUAGCCCUGAAAGCUCCAAAUGUUGACCUUGAUGCAGAUCUGAAGACACCAGACCUUAACUUCUCAACUCCCAAGAUUGAGGGAGAACUCAAUGCUCCAGACAUGGAUGCUCCAUCAGGGAAAUUAAAAAUGCCUAAUUUUAAGAUGCCCAGCUUUGAUUUGUCUGGUCCAAAAUUAAGUAAACCUGAGGUUGAUGCAGAUCUGAAGACCCCUGAUUUGAAUUUCUCUGUGCCUAAGAUUGAAGGUGACCUCAAAGCUCCAGGUGUAGAUCUGAGUUUGCCCAAAGCUGACCUCAGUGGCCCUGAUCUUCAUUUGAAAGCCCCAGACGCUGAUAUAGAUUCCCCAUCAGGAAAGUUCAAAAUGCCAAAUUUAAAGAUGCCCAAGUUUGGUUUGUCAGGACCAAAGGUGAAAGGACCAGAUAUUGAUGCGGAUCUGAAGACACCUGACCUGAGUUUCUCAGCGCCUAAGAUUGAAGGAGACCUCAAAGUUCCCAAUGCAGAUCUGAGUUUACCUAAAGCUGACCUCAAAGGGCCUGAGCUAGACCUGAAAGCUCCUGAUGUUGACAUAGAUGCUCCAUCAGGAAACUACAAAAUGCCAACUUUAAAGUCUAAACUCGGUUUUUCAGGACCAAAGGUGAAAGGACCCAAACUUGAUGUCGAUGCAGAUAUGAAAACACCGGAUCUGAGUCUCUCAGCCCCCAAGAUUGAGGGAGGCCUUGAUGGACCAAAUCUGGAUCUGAGCUUGCCUAAAGCCGAAGUUGAUGGUACAAACGUGGAUGUUGAGUCCCCUGAUGUAAAAGGAAAAUUCAAAUGGCCCUUUAAGUGGGGUUUUGGCUCAAAGGACAACACAGAUGUUGACACAGAGAUCCCAGAUGAAAAUGGGGCACAUGAUGUAACAGAACCAACCAUAAAAUUACCGAAAGGUAUGGCAGAAGUACCAAUGUUCAAACUUCAUAGACUGCCUGAUCUUAAUUUUGAGAUUCCACAGAUACGUUCUGGAACCCUUGAUCGUGGAAUGGAUUCUCCAAAAACAAAUCUUGAUGCAAAUAUGACAAUAUCAACACCAAAAGUUGAUCUAAAAGCUCCAAACAUCAGCACUGACAUACAGCAUGGUCAACCUGAGAUCCCAGAACAGGAAAGUAGCCUCAAGGGUCCAAAACUUGACUUAGGAUUUCCCCAAGUGAACAUGCCUUCUGUUGAUGGCUACGUGCCAGAUAUUCUGGGGAUGAAAGGAGAGCAGGCAGCAUCACCAUCAAUUGACAUCAAAGAAAGACUGAAGUUAUUUAAGGACUCUUUUUCCAAAUCAGUUGACAACUCCGAAAACUGACAUCUCACCUGUAGAAGUAGCGGGUAACCCUGGCUUGAAAGGGGAAGUGAGUGCUCCAAGUCUUGAAGUCAGCAAAAGUUCAGAUACUGAUGACACCUCCACAACAAAAAGGGGAACAUUUAAAGUCAGCAAGCCAGAUGCUGACAAGGCCUACCCUUUGGUAAAUGCACAAAUCAGUUUGCCAACAGUGGAUGCAUAAAAUUUGAUUAAGUAAGCACGUUAGUUGGGCCUUCAAGGUAAUUUAUGUUUGGGGAAACAAUAAAAACAGAAUAAACUAUUUACUAUCAGAAUAGUUUAUGAGCAUGUAAAAAUGUGCAACCUUGAACAACUGUAAUUAUAUUUGUUGUAAAUAUGCCAUUGUAAGUAUAUACUUAUGUGUGUAUUUUUCUUGUCAGUGAGCCACUACUAUGCAUUAUCACAUAUUUGUUUAAAAGCAUCUUGAAGCAUAAAAAUAUGUUCACGUACAAAUAACAAUAUUCUGGUAAAUGGAAGCAUCUGUAUUUCUACUGAGACAUUGUAUACAUGUACAAUUCCCCCCCACUUGUGUACAAUACUUAUUAAGCCUGGCCCUUAUACAAUUGUGAUUUUCAUAAGGGAUUGAAUAUAGUAUCAUUUUUUUCACAUUUUCAAUUAUUCCAGCUGUUUACUAUUUGCUUUGAUUGGAUGCAUACACCCCAUUAAACGUUUCAAUAAAUUGU